AUGGUGAGGUGCGGCUUACAUCAGCGCAUCAAGGUGGAGUUGGGCUGUAAGUCAACCACCCCUUCGCGGUCUGCGAAGGGAGCGGGUGGGAGUCCGCUGGUGAUCACGGAGGUACUCUGUGAUGUCCCGAUGUCGAUCUCCGGAGAGACAUUCGGAUGUUCUCGACUGGCAGCGGUGGCUGGUCUGGUGUAUGACGUGAUUCUCGGUCGAGAUUUCUGUUGUCAGCAUCGCACCAUCAUCGAUGACGAAGAGGGAGUUUUUCGUAUCAAAGGGUUGAAAAUUUCCCUUCCCACGUACCCAGAGAUUCGAGCUUCCCGAGCUAAGGUUGUUCUGGCAGAGACGGUGACUAUUCCGGGUCGCUCAAUCCUGACAGCUGCAGCGGUGGUUGAACCGCUGGAUGGAUCCGGCGUAGCUGUGGCAGAGACGCCCAUGACCGGGAUGGUGGAGCCGAGCCCUGCAGCCGACUGGGACUCACUGUUGAUACCGAGAGCUGUUGUUGCUGUCGCGACCGACGGCACAGUGCCCAUUCAAUUUUCGAACGUCGGGACAGAAGACGUUCGACUGCUGAAAGGCUCAGACGUGGGAACAUUCUUCUCGAUGGGAGACUCGUUGGGAGACAUGUGUGAACUGUGUCCAGAGCCGGACGACGUGGUUGACGCGGUGGCGAGCUGCGAAGGUGGAGGUUUUCCACCGGAGGCAGCUGAAGAUAUCGAUCCGGACGUGAAGCAGGCGCUGGAACCCGGUCUGACUGAUCUCGGGGAACAUGGUCAGGGGAGGCUGCGCGGCUUGUUCGAGAAAUAUGCCGAUGUCUUCAGCUGGCGUCCCGGAGAUAUUGGUCAGACGAAUCUAACCAGACACAAGAUCGAUACUGGUGAUGCUAGUCCCAUCAAACAAAGACCACGGCGGGUGCCGCUGAAGGUGCGUGACCAGGUGGAGAAGCAGAAGGAGAAGAUGCUACAGGAUGGGAUCAUCGAAGAAAGCGAAAGUCCCUGGUGCUCUCCAGUGGUACUGGUUCGCAAGAAGGACGGAACCUUCCGCUUCUGUGUUGACCUGAGAGCAGUGAACAGAGUGACGAAAGGCUUCGCGAUGCCACUCCCUCGAAUUGACGACUCUCUCGACACCCUGGCUAAAGCGAGGUGGUUCACCACGCUGGAUAUGGCCACGGGAUAUUGGCAGGUGGAGUUGGCACCUGAGGAUCGAGAAAAGACGGCGUUUUCGACGGGCAAGGGGCUACAUCACUUCAGAGUGAUGGCAAUGGGCCUGAAGAAUGCGAGCGGCACGUUCCAGAAGUUGAUGGAAAUGAUCCUGGCGGGUCUGGACACAAAAAGUUGCCUAGUGUACCUGGAUGACGUCAUCCUGUUCAACAGGACGGAGGAAGAGCAUCUGGCCACUCUACAAGAGGUGUUCGAGCGGAUCCGAGCGGCGGGACUGAAGCUCAAGGCGCAAAAAUGUCGCUUCGCUCGCAAAGAAGUGACGUUCCUCGGCCACCUAGUCUCCGAAGAGGGAAUCCGGCCAGAUCCACGUAACGUGGAAAAGGUACUGGCAUGGCCACAUCCAUCAUCCGACGAAGAGAUGAGGAGUUUUCUCGGUCUGUGCGGGUACUACGCACGCUUCAUCCAAGGAUAUGCGGCAAUCACAAAGCCUCUGCGAGACGCCACGGUGGCGGACGGUCAAAUCAGGUGGACGGAAGCGAUGCGAGGAGCCUUCGAGCAGCUUAAGUCCGUCCUGGCCACGCCGCCGAUCCUGACGCUACCAACUGGCAAGGGGACGUUUGUCCUGUACACCGAUGCCUGCAACUUCGCGGUUGGCGUUGUCUUGACUGAGAAGACAGGGGAGUAUGAGCGGGUGGUCGCCUAUGAGAGUAAGGCGCUGUCGAAGCAGCAGGUGAAAUGGCCCACCUACGACAAAGAGCUCUGGGCUGUGGUCCACGGCAUCAGACAUUUCCGGCAAUAUACAGUUGGAGCCAAGUUCGAGGUAGUGACUGACCACGAACCUCUGGCAAACAUCCCUGAUUCGAUCUCGGUGGAACGUGAUGGCACAGGACGUCGAGGACGCUGGGCGGUCGAGCUAAGCUCCUUCGACUUCAUGGUUCGGAUCCGCAGUGGGGUGAGGCAUGGCAAUGCGGAUGCACUAUCGAGGAGGCCAUCUGGGGUGUCCGUCGAUGAGGGCAAUGGUGGUCUGGCUGGGGAUGCCGGCAUGUCGCGAGCAAAGGGCGGAUCAGUCCCGACGGCUGGCGGUUCGCCAACACCGUCACGGUCCACGGCGGCUUCGCCGACAGGGAAUGCGGCGAUCUCUGGGGUAGGAGGGUCACCAUAUUCCGUGAUCACCUCUGUAGCACCCGCCACAUUAUCGUCAGGGCCGACAGACAGGGUGAACCCGGCGACAAAGACGUUGACGCCCCCCUCCGCAGUCGGGGAGAAACGAUCAACCGAGUCGCUGCUGCUGGAGGCCCAACAAGACGAUCCAACGUUAUCGGCGUUGUGUCGGGCAAGGGAGGAGGGGAGGAUGCCUAAAUCCACAGAGACGAGCGGUUGGGCCGUCUUGAAGAAGCACUGGGGACAAGUAGAGGUUCGCUCAGGAGUGUUAGGAAUUGCCAGCAAGCAACGUUUCCAGGCGGCCGUGCCCAAGGCAAUUCAAGCUGAAAUCAUCAGACUCGCCCACGAUGACAAAUCCAGUGGUCACAUGGGUCGGAGGCGGACCAUCGCUCGGGUAAAAGCCCGAUUCGUGUGGCCGGGGAUGAACGAGGACGUCCGCAGCUACUGCGCCUCGUGCACACAAUGUCAGCGACGCUGUAGGCCUGCCCCGAGCAGGCGUGCACCAUUGGUGACUGAGGUGACGUCUCGCCCCUUUGAGAGGGUUGCCAUGGACAUCACGGAGAUGCCUCUUUCCUCAAAAGGAAACAAAUACGCACUCGUGAUCAUGGAUUACUUUUCAAAGUACGUGAGAAUUUACCCAAUGCCAAAUCAGAAGACGGAGACAGUCAUGGAUGCCUUCCUAGACUGGGUCCAAGAGCUUGGUGUCCCGGAGAGGCUACACACUGAUCAGGGCGCACAGUUUGAGUCUCUGAUGAUGAAGGAGAUGUAUACGAGACUCGGUAUCCACAAGACUAGGACAACACCCUAUCACCCGCAGAGCGACGGCAUGGUCGAGCGCUUCAUGCGUACACUAAAGGACAUGGUUUCGAAAUACGUCGAUGGCCAAGGCUUGAGCUGGGAUGAGGGAGUCAUGUCCUACGCCAUGGCGUACAACUCGUCCCUCCACGAAACUACCGGGUACACCCCAUUCUAUUUGAUUCAUGGCUUCGAGCCUCGGGUACCGCUGGACGUGGUGUAUGGCCCCGAAACUGACCCAAUCCCGACCAGGACGUUCCUUAACAGUCGGCUGAAGACAAUGAAACGGGCAUAUGCUCGUGUCAAAGAAGCCACGUCCAAAGCAGCUGCUCGGAUGGCGGUUCGCCACGAUAGCAGAGUCAAUCACACUGCCUAUCCUACAGGAACGAAAGUGUGGGUGCGAGAUCACACGGCCGCCGUCGGCGGGAAGCCGAAACUGGGUCUGCCGUAUAAGGGACCGGUGACCAUCAUCGGUAACCGUGGGGGGCGAGAUGAAACAACAUAUAAAAUUCAGGACGAGCGCGGCAAAGUACGUCAGGUUCACUACAAUGACCUGAAGGAGUUUGUGCCACGGGUGUCUGGCAUUCAGGAAGGGACUACCAAGCGCCACACUCAGGGACCAGAUAUGACUAAGGAAAUGACUCAGGAACAUGACACGGGGAUCCGGGAGUGGAUACCCAAUGAGGAUCACACAACUGGCUUACAAGUACCAUUCAUGCCAUUCGUAAGGGCCGGCGGGUCCGCCGGAGGGACCCAUCGGGAGCGGCAGGGUGGGACACCCCAAGGGUACUACAUAACGCGAACCGGGCGGGUGUCAAGGCCGCCCGCAUACUAUCAGGCGGGACGAUGA